UCCCACGCCCCGGCCCCGCCGCCCGCGCCGGGGCGGCAGCCCGCAGAGGAAGGCGCUGCAGUCUCCGGGCCUCGCGGCCCCAGUCCAGCGUCUUCAGCUCCGAGGGCUCGCGGGUCCUGAGGGGAGGACAGCCCCAGGCCGGGCACUGAGCUCUUGGGCGCCUCCAACCCCGUUUUUGGAACCGUCCACGCUGCGGCCGCUGUCCCCUCCGGACCAUGGCCGACGACGACGUGCUGUUCGAGGAUGUGUACGAGCUGUGCGAGGUGAUCGGCAAGGGUCCCUUCAGUGUUGUACGACGAUGUAUCAACAGAGAAACUGGGCAGCAAUUUGCUGUAAAAAUUGUUGAUGUAGCCAAGUUCACAUCAAGUCCAGGGUUAAGUACAGAAGAUCUAAAGCGGGAAGCCAGUAUCUGUCACAUGCUGAAACAUCCACACAUUGUAGAGUUAUUGGAGACAUAUAGCUCAGAUGGAAUGCUUUACAUGGUUUUUGAAUUUAUGGAUGGAGCAGACCUGUGUUUUGAAAUUGUAAAGCGUGCUGAUGCUGGUUUUGUGUACAGUGAAGCUGUAGCCAGCCAUUACAUGAGACAGAUUCUGGAAGCUCUGCGCUACUGUCAUGAUAACAACAUAAUUCACAGAGAUGUGAAGCCCCACUGUGUCCUCCUUGCCUCAAAAGAAAACUCAGCACCUGUCAAACUUGGGGGCUUUGGGGUAGCUAUUCAGUUAGGAGAAUCUGGACUUGUAGCUGGAGGACGUGUUGGAACACCUCACUUUAUGGCCCCAGAAGUGGUGAAGAGAGAACCUUAUGGAAAGCCUGUGGAUGUCUGGGGAUGCGGCGUGAUCCUUUUCAUCCUGCUCAGUGGUUGUUUGCCUUUUUACGGAACCAAGGAAAGAUUAUUUGAAGGCAUUAUUAAAGGAAAAUAUAAGAUGAAUCCAAGGCAGUGGAGCCAUAUCUCUGAAAGUGCCAAAGACCUAGUUCGUCGCAUGCUGAUGCUGGAUCCUGCUGAAAGGAUCACUGUUUAUGAAGCGCUGAAUCACCCUUGGCUUAAGGAGCGGGAUCGUUAUGCUUACAAGAUUCAUCUUCCAGAAACAGUAGAACAACUGAGGAAAUUCAAUGCACGGAGGAAACUGAAGGGUGCAGUACUAGCCGCUGUGUCAAGUCACAAAUUCAACUCCUUCUAUGGGGACCCCCCAGAAGAGUUACCAGAUUUCUCUGAAGACCCUACCUCCUCAGGAGCCGUCUCUCAGGUGCUGGACAGCCUGGAAGAGAUUCAUGCACUUACAGACUGCAGUGAAAAAGACUUAGAUUUUCUACACAGUGUUUUCCAGGAUCAGCAUCUUCACACACUGCUAGAUCUGUAUGACAAAAUUAACACAAAGUCUUCACCACAAAUCAGGAAUCCUCCAAGCGAUGCAGUACAGAGAGCCAAAGAGGUAUUGGAAGAAAUUUCAUGUUACCCUGAGAAUAAUGAUGCAAAGGAACUAAAGCGUAUUUUAACACAACCUCAUUUCAUGGCCUUACUUCAGACUCACGAUGUAGUGGCACAUGAAGUUUACAGUGAUGAAGCAUUAAGGGUCACACCACCCCCCACCUCUCCCUAUUUAAAUGGUGAUUCGCCAGAAAGUGCUAAUGGAGACAUGGAUAUGGAGAAUGUGACCAGAGUUCGGCUGGUGCAGUUCCAAAAGAACACAGAUGAACCAAUGGGAAUCACUUUGAAAAUGAAUGAGCUAAAUCAUUGUAUUGUUGCAAGAAUCAUGCAUGGGGGUAUGAUUCACAGGCAAGGUACACUUCAUGUUGGUGAUGAAAUUCGAGAAAUCAAUGGCAUCAGUGUGGCUAACCAAACGGUGGAACAGCUGCAAAAAAUGCUUAGGGAAAUGCGGGGGAGUAUUACCUUCAAGAUUGUGCCAAGCUACCGCACUCAGUCUUCGUCCUGUGAGAGAGAUUCCCCCUCCACUUCCAGGCAGUCCCCUGCUAAUGGUCAUAGCAGCACUAACAAUUCUGUUUCGGACUUGCCAUCAACUACCCAACCAAAAGGACGACAGAUCUAUGUAAGAGCACAAUUUGAAUAUGAUCCAGCCAAGGAUGACCUCAUCCCCUGCAAAGAAGCUGGCAUUCGAUUCAGAGUUGGUGACAUCAUCCAGAUUAUUAGUAAGGAUGACCACAACUGGUGGCAGGGUAAACUGGAAAACUCCAAAAAUGGAACUGCAGGCCUCAUUCCUUCUCCUGAACUUCAGGAAUGGCGAGUAGCUUGCAUUGCCAUGGAGAAGACCAAACAAGAGCAGCAAGCCAGCUGUACUUGGUUUGGCAAGAAAAAGAAGCAGUACAAAGAUAAAUAUUUGGCAAAGCACAAUGCAGAUCUUGUCACAUAUGAAGAAGUAGUGAAACUGCCAGCAUUCAAAAGGAAAACACUAGUCUUAUUAGGUGCACAUGGUGUUGGGAGAAGACAUAUAAAAAACACCCUCAUCACAAAGCACCCAGACCGGUUUGCAUACCCUAUUCCACAUACAACCAGACCUCCAAAGAAAGAUGAAGAAAAUGGCAAGAAUUAUUACUUUGUCUCCCAUGACCAAAUGAUGCAAGACAUCUCAAAUAAUGAGUACUUGGAGUACGGCAGCCAUGAGGACGCAAUGUACGGGACAAAACUGGAGACCAUUCGGAAGAUCCAUGAGCAGGGGCUGAUUGCAAUUCUGGACGUGGAGCCUCAGGCACUGAAGGUCCUGAGAACUGCUGAGUUUGCUCCUUUUGUUGUUUUCAUUGCCGCACCAACUAUAACUCCAGGUUUAAAUGAGGAUGAAUCUCUCCAGCGCCUGCAGAAGGAGUCCGAUGUCUUACAGAGAACAUAUGCACACUACUUCGAUCUCACAAUUAUCAACAACGAAAUUGAUGAGACAAUCAGACAUCUGGAGGAAGCUGUCGAGCUCGUGUGCACAGCCCCACAGUGGGUCCCAGUCUCCUGGGUCUAUUAGGCUUCUCCCCGGCUAUCUGAGUGUAACUGGGAGCCGCCUCCUACGUGGAAAAGCCUCUCUGUUGCCGGCCUUGUGUCAGCAGGUCCUGGUCCCUAGAGACUACCUAGUUGUAGUGUGACCUACAUUUAUAAUUAUUGUCAUGUCCAAAUAGAUAGGAGGAGAAAAACAAUUACACACUAAUUUAAAGAGACAGUAUCUUUUUUAAUCAGUUCUCCUAAACUUUAAUAAAAUGUAUCUUUAAAUGUAUGUAUUAUUCAAUCCUUUGGAAUGUUAUAUUUUUGGAAAUCAUAGCUUUUUAUUUCCAAGGCCCCUAAAAACUGCACAAAAUAGAUGCUGCUUUCUAUAAUCUAUUUUAAUAAUAAUAAACAAUGAUUCUGUUACCUUGACUGGGGGUGGAACACUACAUUCUUUUUAAGAGUCUGAUUUUAUGGAUUGGAAUAUCUUUCUUUCCUUUAUUUAUUUGAAAUAAUUAGUCUAGUGAUUACAAAACAGUCAUAAAUUUUUAAAGGCCUUUUUUCUCUCUUUUUUUUUAGAAUAGUAUUUUUUUUUAAGUCCUUUAUGUAACAUCCAGAUAAUGUGAUACUGUCUCUUUGAAGCACCCUGUAAACCUUUUAGAGAUUUGAAGUUGGGUCUUGACUCUUAAUGCAUGUGGACAGUCGCGAGCGUUUAUGCCGUCGGUGUGUCUGUGUUGGACAAAACAAUCUGUAAUCUACAACAAAGUACAUUCCGUUCACGGGGCACACCCAGGGGAUAAGAAUAAAUUGCUAUUAUGACUAAGUUGUAAACCUAUGCACAUCCCUUGCAUUUCGGGCAACUUUAUAAAACAGAAAAAAAAAAGAAACUGAUUUUUAUUAAUACUAAUCAUGUAGUGAAAUGUGUUUGUAAUUUUGUCUCAAUUUAAUUUGUUGUAAGGUGGGAGGGGGUAUUGCUGGUUUCACCAUUUCAGAUCUGUGUUGUCUAAGAGUAUUAACGUUUUAAUUAAGCAAAGAAAUGCGGAUUUUUAAUGUAUGUGUAAUUGUUUUAAGCACCCAUUUGAAGAGAAUAUAGUGUGCAAUGAGGAAACCAGUUUAGGCAUUUGCUAUAAACUGAAUGAUUCCAAAAGAAGAAUCUAUAACAGCCUGUAAAUCCCUUUAACGCGACACCUGACAGCACAGUCUGACCAAGUUUUUUAAAUACACUUCCUUUCAUGUGUUCAAUAUUAAAUGCCUUUGGGUCCUUCAUUUCAGUCUAGAUUUGUUCAGGUUUCCAAGCCGAUAAUCUUUUCAAUUUUAUAAUUCGUUAGAUGCUCAUCAACCUACCAGAGGCCCAGGAGUGAGUUGGCAGGGCAACAAAGCAGCGUGCCAGGGGACAGCUUGGACCACAGCCUACUCGCAGGGCCACCUGUGGUCUCCGCUUCCUCUUGCUGUAUCCCUUGGCACAGGGGAGUCAUCUGUCCUUGUUGCUUUAGAGGCAUUCACCAUCUCAUGCCCCUACCAUAUCAUCACACAAUCAGUAUGGGAAGCUCAGGCUGGGGUUCCCAGGCUCUUUGCCAGAGGUCACGAGUGUUCCCCCUUCGCAUGUGAGAGGAUGAGGCACUUAGAUGACCCUGUGAUCCUUAGAAAUAUACCAUCGCUUUUGUUUCUUGUGGGUUAGACGGCCUCUGUCACUCCGUGCCUUCACAGGGUGUGCAGAAUGUGUUCUGGACUCCCCUUAAGGGACUGAACAGAGAAGGCACUUCUGUGUGCAUAGUCCUCUUCCAUUCUCAGCACCCCACCUUCCCCACCUAUGAUUACAUGAUAUUGAUUGGUUUCUGUUUUUAUGCCGUUGUCAGUGCCCAGAUGGGUCUGCAACUUACCAACAAGAUGUGUGAACGACUUGUGUUCUGGCCCCCCAGUGUUGUGACCAAACAACCACACCAGAGAUGAGCUGACAGUGGGUUUGUGCUAGCUGUCCAGAGACCCACUCGGGUUGCUUAGGGCUGUGUAGGUCUGAUCUCAAUCUAACUGGUGUCCAGGCCAGACACCAUUCCCGCAGUGGUACUGACCACAAGCUGGGCUCUUCUCGGUAGCACAGUACCUGCUCUACCUCUUUUGCAGUGAAGCACAAAGACUACAACCAACAUGUGGGAAGCAGGAAAGUCCCUCCCUCUGGCAGAAGGCCUCAUACCCUCCCACUUGCCCUUUUGAGACCCAAUCUCCAGAGAUGCUGCCAAUGCCUUUCUGUAGCUAUCCACCAUGUUCAUAAAGGGGGAGUGAACAAAGGAGGAAAGAGAGGGCAACUUAAACACCUGCAGCCGCACACUGUGGAAGAGGCGCUAUGGCGUUGAGCACCCCUCCCCUCUCCUCACCAUUCCAGGGGCUGUGGGAGAAGGGUACAGAUGGGCAUCCUUCCUGCCAUUGUGCAGAUGGUGAAAUCCCCACACCUAGAACUCAGUGACUUCUCCAACAGGUCAUCUGUUCUUUCCCACUAAUGCACUUCUCUAAAGCAGUGUCUUUCUGACCUAGCAGGAAAAAACAUUUUUGAAGUCAGAGUCAUGCCAGUAUAUUCUGCUACAGUACAAUCAUCCACUGUGAGAUCGGAGGAAACUGCUAGAAGCUUCACCACCUCCACUGCACCAACGGAACCAUUUCUUCCCCUUUUAAAGACCAGAUUACUAGAUCAGUGGCACUGGAAAGCCAUAUUGAGGGUCCUCUCUGCCACCCCAGCCCCACUCCCCACAACAGGAGAUGGAGUGUUGGCUCUGUGAAGCUCUUUGUUUAAAAAAAAAAAACCAAAAAAUGAAGUGUCCUGAUUUUUCUAAUCAUAGGCUGUAAUUACUUUGCACAGGCAGCACAUUCCUAUCUGAACACUGAAAAGGAAAAUGUUGCUCAUUUUAAUUCAUCUGGAAGUUUCCCCAGUGUCAAGAUAACAUUGUAACUCUUUAAAAUGCAAUUAAAUGCACCUCCUGUCAGGUGAGAUGGUUUAAAAUAACUGCUCAGAAAGGAAAAGUGGUUGACCUACUUCUUGUUAUUUGCAUUCAGAAGGCGUAGUGUCAGCCCAUCCUACUGAUAGCAGAAUAUCUAAAACUGCAGCUCCCCACUGCGCAAAGGAAAGCAGGGAGUGUCCCCUUCCCUGUGUCCAAGUCCUGGAGCAGGUACACAGGACAAGCCUUCCUUUGAAGUUAUAGUCUCUUUUUUAAGCUUUUGAUCUCAGAUUUCUCUUGUUUUUCCAUCACUUGUAGGUGUCUCUUCAUGAAGGCUUCCAGUUCAUUCUUUGCAAAAGUUCAGUCAGUUGGGCCACCCUCCAGUAUACUGGAUCCAUGGAGAUGCCCAAAAUGGAAACUGCCCAAAGCAUGCCUUUGUCUUCCCCUGAUGGGAUGUUCUUUUAGCAUCGAAGGUCAGUUUCUUACAUGAGACAAAAUUAAGCUUAGUUUGCCACUAACACUACCAAGAAAACUGCCUGCUUAGUGGAUUCUUAAUAAAAUAUGUCCCCUUGGAAAGAGUAGAGGGCACACUGUGAUGAACAUUCCAAAAACAAGCCCCUGGCUGUCUUCAUCCCUUCUUGUUUGAGGUCAGCGGCCUGGUGGGUGUCUAUGGUUGUUUUUCAGAACUGAACACAACCGACUGGGCCCAUUCUCUUAAGGGCUUUAAGGGUGUUGGAUCCCCAGGCGCACUACAUCUCUCUUCUUCUGCGCCUCUCAUUAAUCCCGUUAGAAAGUUGGCUUGCUCCUUACUGUGGCUUUCGGAAGGGCUGCACACUCUCACCACUCCUUUCAUUUGAGGGCGCUUGCCCUUCACUGACCCCUUUAGAAAUAGGGUCUCCCUCUGUGAUGGUGUGUCCAGGACAGGAGCGUACUGGUGAGGCUUAUUGUAUAAUUGACUGUGCUUGGGCACUGCACACAUCCAUUUGCCUUAAACUUGUGGGAAGUCUCAGAUUGCCCAGUUUACCGAGUGAAGUUCAGCUAUCAAGCUCAUCCAGGAAGUUGGGGGAAGAGGAAGAGUGUCCCACCCUUCCUAUGUGCACUUCCCUCUGGCACUCUCAGCCCACAGCAGCAGAGCAAUGGGGAGAGGGCAACACCAUCUCUGGGGCAAGCACCUCCCCAAGUCUUAGCUCUUAAGGGGAUAAGAGACAAUUGUGAAUUCCCACCACCUCUCACCUGACCAUCAACUCCCCUGAACCUGUGCAAAUGGAUCAAGCAAAAGGAAAUGGGAGGAGAUGUUUGUUGCCAGAUGGGAGACCUCAUUUCUGGCCCCAAGCACGACCCCAUGUCUAUGUAUGGGCAACGACAAGGAGCUUUGCUCCUGCUUAGAGUUAAAUCCAUUCUCUCUAGCAUGUGACAGAGUGGGACCUGCGCUAGGCAUCUCUGGACCCAGGAGAGAGAAACUCAGUAGAGGGACUUGUGUUUAUGGGUAGAAAUAGGCAUUCCUCCACAGCAAGUGGCCUCACCUUUAUUUUUCAUUUGA